AGAAGCGAUCUUCUCCAAGUCCCGAGACUCGUGCGCAAGCGCUGGCAGCAACUUCGCAACCGUUUCCUGCCAAAGCGUCGCCCAAGGUAGAGCAGUAGAGCGCGGCUACUCUCUGCGUCUUCUUCCACGUGAGACGUCUGAUCAGCCGUUUUACCCAGCAGCGCUAUUCACGACCUAUGCUCCUGUCCUGAGCAAUGAAGAAGCAGCUGUUCAGUGGGACGUCCCAGGCAUUAGACAGCCGCCGGGCACCCCGCUAGUGUUCACGUUUGUUCAAAAAGCAAAAAGUCCUACUGCUUUGAAUGGGGUUUACUGCUCAGUAGGCGUGCACAGCGUUAAGGCUCCGGCCCUGUACUGAUUACUCAGAAGUUAUUUCUCGUCGUUAAGCCAAGCACAGGAAGGGCUUCAGAGUUAAGGUUCAAUCCAAUGCCUUCUUACUUGGGAGUGACCCCAGCCGAAAUCAUUGGGCCUUACUUCUGAGUAGACUUGCAUGCGAUCGCGCUGUUUGUUUCUUCGGGUUUUGGAUUCCCCCACCUGCCUACUACGCCGUGGAGUGUCAAGCAGUGUCCCUCGGAAACUCCACAUCCGGCUCCGCACAUAAGAACCGGUCCUCGAUGGAGAGUAAAGCUCGGCAUCUAGUCCAGCAUUCUAUUUUCCAAUAGCAGCUCUAGGAAGUUGCUGGGGUAUGUGCACCCCUUACUGUUCAUCUCUUCUCUUGAGUCACCCUCCUGCCGAUAAAGAACGGGCACUUGACCGAGCUGGGAGUCUAGCGCAGUUAAUCUACAGUCUUAUGGGAUAAUAACUCCCGUUGAACUCAAUGGGAUCGAUCGGGUUGCAUGGCUGCAAUGUUAUGCAUACUUUGUGGAGAUUCACAGUGCAAUCCUAGCCAUUUCUACUCAGAAGCAACUGCUAUUGAAACCAAUGGGUCUUACUUCCAGAUAAUGGGGGGAGAGGUUGGAUCGCAGCCUAAAGCUCGCUGAACUCCGUAGAAUCGUGCAGCUGAAUACAUGUAUAGCGCUUGGGUAGCAAAUUUGUCCCUGACGGCUUACCGUUAGACUAAGAUGGCGGCGCUCAUAGAGAGGUUAGGGUGAGGGCCGCCAUUGUUGCCGCCUGGAAAGAGAAGGGAGGGAAGGCGGGGAUGGGGAAAAGCCGUCACCGAUGGCUGAUUUUAAGCGCUGGAAGGAACAGCGGCUGUCGCGCGCGGACGGGAGCCGGAAGGGCAGCGUAGACGAGCCCAUCGCGGGGAUUGUGCAGCUUCUCAAUGGCUACGACUGUUUCUGCACCACCAGCUCGUGCUCCGGGCGCGUGGUUGUCCUCGAGCAGCCGCCUCUUCCUCCCACCGCCGAGGAUACCACAGGCUUUGAGAUAAAGAAGCAAAAUUGUACCUGGCUCAUGGUGACCCAUCAAAUAUGUACAAUAGAAGAUGUGCUUACAGCCUUACAGGAAGCUACAGAUGAUGCCAUAUUCAAAUUUGAACCAUUUGUUCUUCAUGUGCAGUGUGAAGAGCUGCAAGAUGCGCAACUUCUGCACAAGGUGGCUAUAGAAGCUGGAUUCCGGAACUCUGGUAUAACUGUUGGCCAAAAAGGAAAAAUUAUGAUGGCUGUCCGAAGCACCCAUUGCUUAGAAGUUCCCCUAAGCCAGAAAGGAAAACUGAUGGUCAGUGAGGAAUAUGUUGACUUUGUGAUUCAAGUUGCUAAUCAGAAGAUGGAAGAAAACCUGAAAAGAAUUGACAGGUUUUACAGCUCUCUACAGUUUGCUUUGGAAAACAGAGACCGUUCCAGUAGCUCAACUCUCGAGGAGAAAGAAGAGAAUAAUACCAUGGACUCGUACAGAAGAAAAAAAAAAUCUAAAGGAGCCAAGAAGGAUGAUGAAUGUACUUCUCCUGGGAAAAUUAGAGGGUUAGAAAGUGAAGAUGAGACAGAAAGCAAUCUUAAUAUUUUUCACUAAAAUGUGCUGCAAAUAAUUGUGCAAAGUAAAUACACCCACAUUAUGUUUGUAUAAUGUUUAUUUUGUAUUGCUCUUUGUGAGAGCUUAGCAGAUAGCUUAUUGUGCUCUAGAAAGUAGCAGGUUCUUCUUAUUAUUAUUAUUAUUUAUUAAAUUUUUAUACCGCCCGACUAGCAAUAGCUCUCUGGGCGGUGAACAACAGAAAUACAAUAAAAUCACACAAUAUAAUACAACAAAGCAUAUAAAAAACAAUCUAAGAACAGUUACAACGCAUUUAAAACUAAAUAACUUAAAUUAAAAUGCCUCAGAGAAGAGGAAGGUUUUAACUUGGCGCCGACAGGAUAACAAUGUCGGGGCCAAGCGCACCUCCUCGGGGAGACUAUUCCACAAUUCGGGGCCACCACUGAGAAGGCCCUAGAUCUUGUCACCACCCUCCGGGCCUCCCUAUAAGUCGGAACCCGGAGGAGGGCCUUCGUAGUAGACCGUAGUGUACGGGUCGGUUCAUAUCGGGAGAGGCGUUCCGACAGGUAUCGUGGUCCCGCGCCGUAUAAGGCUUUAUAGGUUAAUACCAACACUUUGAAUCUGGCCCGGAAGCAUAUUAACAUAGGUUACUGUGGAUAUUAAGUUACUGGCAGAGUAAUGAAAUGCCACAAAAAGUCAGUGAGUAUGGAAAAAAUGGGCAUUAAUACUGGAAACAACUUGUUCUUCAUUUUUAAUACAAAAUAUGCAGUAUUCCAAACAACUAAUACUUCACCACCAUAGGUUUCUGUAUUUGCUGUUCCUAUUUGAAAAUGUAAUUUGAAAUGCUUAAAUACUGAUCUAAAAACAGUUAAUAUACUUAUGUUGUUAAAUAUCUUUUUCACUAGUAGGGAUAACUGAGACUAUAAGUGCCCUUCUAAGAGCAAAAGCUUUCAAAUGAACAAAUUCAUCCUUGAUGAUGUUACUGAAACAAAUAAUUGUAAGAAGUAUUAAGCUUAGCCACAUCAGUUAUUUAUAGAUGUUUCAUUCCUUCCUACACUAAAUGAGUAAACCUUUUUCAAAACAAAAUAAAAAAAAUUAGAUAGUGACAUCUCUAGUUGGAAAUCACAUUUUCCUUCAUCUUUUGGUGGGUUCACAUAAUAGAGUCUUACUAAAGAGUAGGGGUGAUAUCCAACAAAGUUGAUCGAUGUGAGCAAUGACAUCCACUUGUGCAGUGAAACUUCUCUCCCCAGGCACCCCCCUCAAUCUGUUCUAGAGCAGACUGGGGAAUGCAGAAAGGGAAAGUUCCGUUGUGCAAGUGGAAGUCCUUGUGUGAACGGGACUGCUUUGUUAGAUACAACCCUUUAUGUUCCUGAAUACUAUUAUGCUCAUUGCUUUUAAGUUUUUAGAUGGGUGUGUCUGACUAAAAAUACUGUUUAAAUCGACAAUCAGGGAAUGUUGGGUUUUAGCCUAUAAACAGUCAUUGCUUUUUCAAAUAGCCAGAAAACUCUCUUGCACGAGAACAGCCAAGAGCUAAAUGGACAAUUGAGGCAAAGGGAAUUGACAGUCCUGAGGAAAAGUGAAUGUUCUCUUACUAGUUCAUUCAUUACUUUAUUUAGUGGUAUGAUUUCAAAAUUCACACCAGGGCAGGCAUAAAUUGUUCCACAGUAGAGUUUGUUUUUGAAUCCGUCCUCAACUGAACUAAUUUAAACAUCCUUUAAAUUCUGGAAUUAAGAUCUAACCUUUAGCUCAGUCUUUGUUUCUUCAAUGCAAGUUCCCGAUAGAAAGAUACUUAAAAUGACAUGUAGAUACAUUUAUUUGAAAGGAAGUCCCAUUGGUUUCAGUGGAGCUUACUUCUAAUGAAGGAUGUUUAGCACCUCAAUAGGCUUUUCAACCAUUUUCUGCACACUUUCCAACAUAUAGGUGUGAAUCAGGAAGGAUAAUGGCAGAAUCAGCCCUUGAGCAUCCAAUCUUUGGACUGAUUUCCCAAGGUUUGUCUGGCGUAUCCAUUUUACGUCAUCAGUGCAGCACUACAUAACUCAUUUCGCUGACACCACUGCAGUUCAUGCAUAUUCAAUUAACAAUUUCUAGGUACCUGGAUCCUGGUUUGUAGUGUAGAAAUAUAUAACAUUUGUAAAGUCUGUAAUAAAAGCAUAGAUGUGACCAUUCACAGCAGGUUUCAGAGGAGUUAGUUGAUCUCAGUUUAGUAAUGAAACUUUUUGCUCAAAAAUACAUUUCUCUAUAAGGAUUCAAUGUAUGUUUUUUUA